AACAAAAGUGAAAAUCGCAACCUGCAAAACAUCAAACCACGGAAUACACAGCAAAUCAAAAAUGUUCCUUUAUACGAGGCGGCUCAGUACCUUCGUGUUGGUGGUAGCGCUCAUAUUAUUGGCGCUAACCACCGAGGAUGUGCAUGCCAAGAGGAAUUCCAAAAGCAGCGGCAGCUCCAGGUCCACUUCCAGCAGAAAGACCACUCCGCGCACCACCAAAGCUCCCCCGGGCUCCUAUUUGGCUCCUUCGCACCGCUCAGCUCCUUCGAACCAUGCUGGUCCUGCGCACCACUCAGUUCCUGCCCACCGCUCGAAGUCGGACAACGAGAGGCUGAGCUACGGAGGUGGAAAGGAGAGCAAGGUGUUCAAUCCGCAGACGGUGCCCUCGGUAACCACCUCGCCAUUUGGCCGGAAUGCCCCGGCCCAGCCCCAAGGACCUCCGCCAGUCUCCUCCCCUAAGGAAAAAAAACCUCCACCAUUCUACACCCCGCCCACCCACAAGAACGGCAGGCCAAAUAUUCAUAGCCCAUCCCGUCCAGCCGCGGGGGCCAGUCCCAGUUCCAGAGGUUCCCACUACGGCGCAGCACACUCCAACACUGGCCACCGCGGUCGCAACAACUCCACGGGAAAAUAUGGAUCGUCGGGUGGCUAUCAGCCCAUUAAGGCCACCAAUGCCCACAAAGUGCAGUCGAGCUAUCCGCGCGAGCAGUUGCCACCCGGAGCCACCUACCACCCGGCGGGGCAGAUUCCAGCUGGAGCCACAUACCAUCCGGCGGGGCAGAUCCCGGCCGGAGCCACCUACCAUCCGCCUGGUCAGAUUCCAGCCGGAGCCACCUUCCAUCCGGCUGCUCAGAUUCCGGCCGGAGCGUCGUACCAAACGGCUGGCCAGGUGCCACAUGGAGCCACUUUUAACCCCGGCAGCCAUCCGGCCGGAGGCUCAUACUAUCCCCAGGGACCCGUGGCCGGAGGAGUCCCGUCAGGCGCCACCUUCCUGCCCGCCGGAGGAGCCCUGCCCGCAGGAGCUGUUUUCCAUCCACAGGCGCCUCAAAAAUCUAGAUCAGGCUUGGGAUUGGGCACUGGUCUCAUUGCUGGAGCCGUGGGUGGUGCCACCCUAGGUGCCAUCACUCCAAACAAAACCAGCAUGGUGGACCAUUUGAAUUCCUUUUUCGGCAGUAAUGGAGGUAAUGGCAGAGAGAAAGGCGGCGACGACGAGAUCACCAUUAUCGACAACGGAGCAGUCCCACCUGUUUUUGCAUCUCCUCCUGCUUCUGACUUCCAGGAAGAUCUUGUUGCACCAGUUCCAGAAGCUGUGCCCUCUGAUCCUUCGGCUCUUGCCCCUGAACCUCCAGUUGACCCUGAAACUCCAGUUGAAGCUGAACCUGUAGUUGAUCCGGAUGACCUCUAUCCAGCGGAUCCCAGUUACCCAGUUUAUUCUGCACCUGACGCCUCUGCUGACCCCAGUGCCCCGCCCGCUGGACAGAGUAUUUGUGUGGUCGUGAAAGUACCACAACCAGAUCCGAAGGAUCCCACCAAGACGAUCGAGGUGGACAAGAGCGCCUGCUAUCAAGAAUCAACGGCGGAAACUGAUCCUUCGGCCAUUGGAUGGGACUAACUAGCUCCCUUCAAAGCCCUGAUUGUAGCCUACUGUCUCAACUAAAUGCCCAUAUCAACACAAUCUAUUCCUUGAAACGAAUUUUUUUAUAUGUACUCAUAUUUCUGCUAGACUUCAAACCAAUAAAUGUACUAUAUUAAACUA